AUGUCCGGCACCAAAUUGGAGGAAUCCCCCCCUUGUCGCAACUGGUCAGCUGCGUCGGAGCUGAAUGAAACUCAAGAGCCUUUUUUAAAUCCCACUGACUAUGACGACGAGGAAUUCCUGCGGUACCUGUGGAGGGAAUACCUACACCCGAAAGAAUAUGAGUGGGUCCUGAUCGCAGGGUACAUCAUCGUGUUCGUCGUGGCUCUCAUUGGGAACGUCCUGGUUUGUGUGGCAGUGUGGAAGAAUCAUCACAUGAGGACAGUAACCAACUACUUCAUAGUCAACCUUUCUCUGGCUGAUGUGCUCGUGACUAUCACCUGCCUUCCAGCCACAUUGGUCGUGGAUAUCACUGAGACCUGGUUCUUUGGACAGUCCCUCUGCAAAGUGAUUCCUUAUUUACAGACGGUGUCAGUCUCUGUGUCUGUCCUUACCCUGAGCUGCAUAGCCUUGGAUCGAUGGUAUGCCAUCUGUCACCCUUUGAUGUUUAAGAGCACAGCCAAGAGGGCCAGGAACAGCAUUGUCAUCAUCUGGGUCGUCUCCUGCAUUAUAAUGAUUCCUCAGGCCAUCGUCAUGGAGUGCAGCACCAUGCUCCCCGGCUUAGCCAAUAAAACCACUCUCUUUACAGUGUGUGAUGAGCGCUGGGGCGGUGAAAUUUACCCCAAGAUGUACCACAUCUGUUUCUUUCUGGUGACAUAUAUGGCACCACUGUGUCUUAUGGUUUUGGCCUAUCUGCAAAUAUUUCGUAAACUGUGGUGCCGACAGAUUCCUGGAACGUCAUCUGUAGUUCAGAGAAAAUGGAAGCCCCUGCAGCCUGUUUCACAGCCUCGAGGGUCAGGACAGCAGACCAAGUCUCGAAUUAGUGCUGUGGCCGCUGAGAUAAAGCAGAUCCGAGCCAGACGGAAAACAGCCCGAAUGCUGAUGGUUGUGCUUUUGGUGUUUGCAAUUUGCUAUCUACCAAUUAGCAUCCUCAAUGUGCUGAAGAGAGUAUUUGGGAUGUUUACCCACACUGAAGACAGGGAGACUGUAUAUGCCUGGUUUACAUUUUCACACUGGCUUGUAUAUGCCAAUAGUGCUGCGAACCCAAUUAUUUACAAUUUUCUCAGCGGAAAAUUUCGAGAGGAAUUUAAAGCCGCAUUUUCUUGCUGUUGCCUUGGAGUUCACCAUCGCCAGGAGGAGCGGCUCACCAGGGGACGAACAAGCACAGAGAGCCGGAAGUCCCUGACCACCCAGAUCAGCAAUUUUGAUAAUGUCUCAAAACUCUCAGAACAAGUUGUGCUCACCAGCAUAAGCACCCUCCCAGCAGCCAAUGGAGCAGGGCCACUUCACAACUGGUAUCUACAGCAGGGGACGUCAUCAUCACUACUGUCCACCUGAUUGGAGGUCUGAAAGAAGAGACUGAAUAUCAAUGUUGAAUCUCAUGUGUCAUCUCACUUGAAGAGAUAAUCAUAUGCAAAUCUGUUGCCACUGGUUUAUAAGUGCAAUGUAAAAGAAGACUAGUUACAAAGCCUUUGUGUGCUUUACAGUUACCAGAUGACUUGAGUAUUGAACUAAAAAUUUCAAAUUCUCAAUUUUAUUUAUACUUACUAAAGUCUAAGUUUUGUGGAAGAGACAGUUUCUAAGAAUGAUCAU